UUCAUUAUUAUAUUUAUUAUUACUAUUUUUUUCAGAAUGAAGUUAAUAGAGCGUUAAACUUAAUGCAAAAUAUGCAAUAUAAUCCGGAUGAACCAGCUUUAUUCAUAGCAAGGCCAAACCAUUGGGAUAUUCCACCUGCCAACGUAGAUCAAAGAAAUGAUCAAGUAUUACCUAUACUCCCAAAUGAUCUCAUUAAUGAAGUCUUGCAAAUGGAUAAUAAUCAUUUGGGAGUAUUAGUCAAUGGAGCUGAGGCAAUAUUAUUAUUAGCAGAGGAGCCAGCUCCACGCCCUGUGCCAGAACCAGCUCUACACCCUAUACCAGUACCAGCUCCACGCCCUGUGCCAGCACAGGUUGAAAGACUAGUACCAGCUCCACGUCCUGUGCCAGCACAGGUUGAAAGACUAGAACCAGCUCCAUGGAUCCGUGUCCGAACUAACCCAAGGAGGGUGGAUCCGGCACAAGGUGCACGCCCUGUUCCAGCACCGAGACGAGCACAUGUUGCUAGAUUACAGCCAGCUCCACGCCCUGUACCAGCACAGGUUGAAAGACUAGAACCAGCUCCAUGGAUCCGUGUCCGAACUAACCCAAGGAGGGUGGAUCCGGCACAAGGUGCACGCCCUGUUCCAGCACCGAGACGAGCACAGGUUGCUGGACCAGCACAAGGUGCACGCCCUGUCCCAGCACCGAGACGAGCACAGGUUGCUGGACCAGCACAAGGUGCACGCCCUGUCCCAGCACCGAGACGAGCACAGGUUGCUGGACCAGCACAAGGUGCACGCCCUGUCCCAGCACCGAGACGAGCACAGGUUGCUGGUCCAGCACAAGGUGCACGCCCUGUCCCAGCACCGAGACGAGCACAGGUUGCUGGACUAGAACCAGCUCCACGACGAGCAAUAGAGAUUGCUGCUAGACCUCUUCGAACAACCACUCGAGGACGGUUAAUGAAAGCUAUGAAAGCAAUGGCAACAGCGUCUUCGAAAAAGAGGCGCUAGUUAAUUUUUUAAAUCAGUUUCAAUGUCUUUUACAGUUAUUUUUUUGCUUUAUUUUACUAAUUUUUCUACAUGCUUUUUUGAAUUCUU